AUGUCUCAUCCAUAUAGGACACAUCUAAACAACAGUAUUGGAGAUGACAUUUCACGUUCCAAGUCGCCACUAAAUCUAGAUCGGUUAUCUGAUUCUGGCAGUAUCAAUCCCCACCAAGUGUUAUCGAAUAAACAGACCACUGCAAACAUAAAAAAACCUCAUCCUUUUUUGCAGCACUUACCACAAGAAGUUUCCAAAUCCUUAGAGUCGUUGCAUUUAACGUCCUCUAAACAGGGCUCCUUCGAGUCAACAUCUAACAAUAAUUUUCCCUCGAGUGGUUCGACGACAUCAAAUAACUCAACCCAUUCUCUAAAUACCCAUUCAAACCAAAAUUCAGUAACUCAACUGAGUAGCAUACGUGAAAUGCUCAGUGACAAUUCUUCCAAACUUUCUCAAAAUUCGUCCAAAAGUUUAAUAGCUUCUAAAUCAACACAAGAUUCUUCGUUAUCAAAGUUCAAUCGUAAUGAGACUCACAAUGCUAAUCUCAAACUACCAGAAGUUUCUCUCAACCAAGAUGAUGAGAUUUGCUUGUCUUCCUCCGAAAAUAUUGUGAAGGAAAAACUUGUGGAACGUAUCCCGAAAAACAUAAAAAAGCCUGUUAAAUCGAUUCUGAAAAAUUCAUCAAAAUCACCUUCACCUUCUUCCUCUAUUCUUUCAUCUGCUAGUAACCACAACCACAUAAAAGAUAAUGUCAACAAAAUUCAAAUUACUAAUAAAACUGAUGAUACCAAUAACUGUAAUGAUAAGGAUAAACAAAAUCUUCUUAACACUCUACAGAACACUGGUAUCGAGGAUCGGUUGCCGUUACCUGACAAAUCACACUUGAAGAUUUCCAAUCCCUUAGGCAAUGAAGCAAAAGACACUUUCCUUCCUCAUUUGCACGAAAGGACAAGAUCGACCGCAAACUUGAUUCAUCCCGUUCUUAAUUCUCAGGUCAAACCAAUUCAGCAGCUGACCGAAGAGGGCACCAGCCAGGAAAGGGAUGUUAUACCGAACUCAUUAUCAACUACUACGGUUAAUCUCUUACCUUUAGAGAGAUCCAUCGAUCUAUAUAGACAAAAUGCCAGGAAGAUGAAGAAUAAUCCCGAAGUUUUAUUUUCGUUUGCACAAGUUCUGAUUAUGACAUCACUAUCAAAAAGAACUGAAAAUCCUUUGUCUGACAAGGAAAAACAGAAGCUAUUAGAUGAAGCGUGUACUGCUUUGAAAAGGGCAGCCAAACUCGGCUAUAUUGAAGCACAAUAUUAUUUGGGUGAUGCAUAUUCUGUCGGCUUAUUCAAUAAAGGUAAGCCUGAAUUGGGUAAGUCUUUAACAUACUUUGAAACUGCAGGUAAGUCCAAACAUGCUGAGAGUGCUUAUAGAACAGCCAUUUGUUACAAGAAAGGUUGGGGUUGCACAAGAGAUGCACGUAAGGUUGUGAAAUUUCUAGAGAUUGCGGCAAUGAAUAAUCAUCCUGUUGCAAUGAUGGAAUAUGGUAUAUACGCAUUUCAUGGACUGAUGGGCUUUCCUGAAGAUGUCAAUACAAAAAAAUCCGGUAUUAGUUGGUUAAGAAGAGCAACCGAAUGUGCAACUGAACUUAGUUGCGGGGCCCCAUAUGAACUGGCAUUAAUUCACAUCAACGGUUUUAAAGAUAUUGUCAUUAAAGAUACAAACUAUGCGGUUAGGUUAUUAUUUCAAGCUUCUAACCUGGGGCAUGCCAAAUCAGCUGCUUUAUUGGGCAAGUUCUAUGAGAUUGGUGACAUUGUUGAGCCAAAUGCAGAUUUAUCCAUUCAUUUUUAUAAUAUAGCCGCAAGUUUAGGUGAUGUAGAUGGUAUGAUGGGGUUAUGUUCGUGGUAUUUUGUUGGAACAGACCAUUUGGAACAAGAUUAUGAUGAAGCAUUUGCAUGGGCUAAACGUGCUGCAGAAAGCCAUAAGUAUAAAAAGGCGAUGCUGCUACUUGAAAAGUUUUAUGCGAAAGGUAUAGGGUGUGAUGUUGAUAUGGCUAAAUCUAAAUAUUGGGGUGAUUUGGCAAAGGAAAAAGAGAAAAAGAAAUGA